AUUGUAGGUAUCGAUGACCUCCCUGUCGAGCAGUUGGGUGACGCGAAUAAGUCCCGUUUUGGAGUCCACCACAAAGACGUUGAACGGGUACUGGCUUGCACCGAUGCCCUCCAGGGAGUAGCUGAUGUUCCGCCCCAGCAAAGGCCAGAAGAAGAAGAAGAAGCCGUGAAAGCCUUUUUUGCAUGGGAGCAUCAGUCAAGCGUGUCCUCGGUGAGCUCACAGCAAGAGAUUUCAACCUGACCCAACCUGUCGCGGCUUCCCCGGAAAUGAAAACAGGUGGCGGUCCUGGGGGGGCCGCCUUCGCCGUGCGUGAGAGGCUUCUCGCACGAGGAAUACACGGUGGAGACGGAGCGCGAACUGGAACAGGGACAGGCCGUCGGCAACGUGAGCUUCCAGGACUGCGACGACGGCAGCGGCGGAGGGAAGGUGCGUCUCCAAACUGACGACGCGUCCGAUUUCCACGUAAGCCAGGAUGGUGUGGUCUACACGCUGAAUCGCGCCGGACCGGGGGAGAAAAUGGCGCUGAUCUACGCUCGAGACCCUCACACCAGACAGAUCUGGAAGACCAGAGUGCGCCUUCUAGUUCAGCCCUACUCGGAGACGAAUGGACGGGUGAAGCCCGGUGAUGCAACACUGACUCAGCGUGCAGCCGAGAUGAAGACGGAGACGAAGACGUUGUUUCCGUGGCGCGGCGGCGGCGCGGUCGUCAGGGGCGACGGUGCUCUGCGGCGAGUCAAGAGGGACUGGGUCAUUCCGCCCAUCAACGUACCCGAGAACUCGCGAGGACAGUUCCCCGAGGACCUUGUCAGAAUCCGAUCAGACCGGGACAAGAGCUGGAUGCUUCGCUACAGCGUAACGGGCCCCGGGGCCGACCAGCCGCCGACGGGCAUCUUCAUCAUCAAUCCCAUCUCGGGUCAGCUGGCCGUCACCAAGCCUCUUGACCGGGAGCACAUUCCCAACUUUCAUUUGCGCGCCCACGCUGUGGACCUGAACGGCAACCAGGUGGAGACACCCGUGGAGAUCCACAUCAACGUCAUCGACCAGAACGACAACCGGCCUGAGUUCAUGCACAACAUCUUCAAUGGCAGUGUGCCGGAAGGUUCCAAGCCAGGGACCUUUGUGAUGACUGUGAUGGCGGUGGACAAGGAUGAUCCCAAGACGGCCAAUGGGAUGCUGCGAUACAAGAUCCUGACUCAGAGUCCCCAAAGCCCGUCCUCCAACAUGUUCACCAUUAACAACAAGACUGGUGACAUCAUCACUGUGGCAGCAGGCCUGGACCGCGAGAAAGUGUCUCAGUACACGUUGAUCAUCCAAGCCACCGACAUGGAAGGCAACCCCACUUACGGCCUUUCCAACACCGCCACCACCGUGGUCAGGAUCACCGACGUCAACGACAACCCGCCUGAAUUCACCACCGAUACGUUCUUCGGCGAGGUCCACGAGAACCUGGUGAACGUGAUCGUCACCAACCUGACGGUGACGGACAAGGACCGGCCGCACUCGACGGCCUGGAACGCCGUUUACCGCAUCGUCGGCGGAGACCCCGACGGGCGCUUCUCCAUCCCCACCGACCCCACCACCAACGAGGGGCUCCUCACCGUGGUCAAGCCCAUCGACUUUGAGCUGACUCGCUCGUUCGUGCUGAACGUGGAGGCGGAAAACGAGGCCCCGCUAGCCCGCGGUAUCCAUCCGCCGCGCCAGUCCACCGCCACCGUCUCCAUCCGUAUCCUGGAUCUCAACGAGAGUCCCGAGUUCAGCCCCAAUCCCAAACCCAUCAAGCUGGACGAGGGCAUGCCCGCCGGCUCCAUGCUCACCACCUUCACGGCGCAGGACCCCGACCGCUUCAUGAGGCAGACCAUCCGGUACUCCAAGAUGUUCGACCCCGCCAACUGGCUGGAGAUCGACCCGGUCAACGGGCGCAUCUCCACCAUCGCCGUCCUGGACCGCGAAUCUCCGUACGUCAAGAACAACAUGUACAACAUCACCUUCAUGGCCGCCGACAACGGUGUUCCCCCUGCCAGUGGUACGGGCACCCUUCAGUUGUACCUGGUGGACAUCAACGACAACGCGCCGCACGUCUUCCCUCCGGAGGUGGAGAUGUGCGAGAGGCCCGAGGCCGGCGGCGGCAGCAUCAACAUCAGCGCUAUCGACCCGGAUCUCGGUUCCAACGCCGGACCCUUCGCCUUCGAGCUGUCCACCCGCCCGCCCGACAUUCGACGCAACUGGACGCUCGGCCGACUCAGCGGUGAACACGCUCAGCUGCGUCUGCGUGCCGGCCCGCUGGCGCACGGCAUCUACACCGUGUCCGUCGUCAUCACCGACUCGGGCAACCCGCCCAUGUCCAAGACGUCGUACCUGCGCGUCAAGGUGUGCCGCUGCGACCGCCACGGAGACUGCGUGGACGUGCAGCGCGUCAUGGCCGCCGGCUUGGGCAUGGGCGCCGUCAUCGGCAUCCUCAUCUGCAUCAUCGUGCUGCUCGUGUUGGUGCUGCUGUUGGGCGUGUGGAUGAAAAGGCGCGACAAAGAGCGGCAAGCCAAGCAGCUCCUCAUCGAUCCCGAGGACGACGUGCGCGACAACAUCCUCAAAUACGACGAGGAGGGCGGCGGCGAGGAGGACCAGGACUACGACCUGAGCCAGCUGCAGCAGCCCGACUCGGUGGCGGAGGGCGAGUGCGGCGCCAAGGUCGGCGUCAGACGUCUGGACGAGAGGCCGCUUCAUCACGACCACCGCUACCCGCUCAGGUCUGCCGCGCCGCACCCGGGAGACAUCGGCGACUUCAUCCACGAGGGGCUGAAGGCGGCGGACAACGACCCGACGGCGCCGCCGUAUGACUCGCUGCUGGUGUUCGACUACGAGGGCGGCGGCUCGACGGCCGGCUCGCUCAGCAGCCUGCACUCGGCCUCCAGCUGCGCCGACCAGGACUACGAUUACCUCGGCGACUGGGGGCCCAGGUUCCGGAAGCUGGCCGACCUCUACGGCGGCGACGACUGAGACGGCCCGACCCCGAGAAUCCGCCCCCGCCCCCGUCCCCCUCGGGCCGCUUUGAUUCGGGACGCGUGGCGGCGAUGCGGCCUUCCACUUGAAUCUCACACGAACACUGAGGUCAAACGUGCCUUUCUGUACAUUCUCCUUGACUUGCGCUGGCUCGGACUGGUCGAUUUUUGGAGCACCGGUAGGCAAAGCGCGGCCCGCGGGUCACAGGCGCUCCGCCCACUUUUUACGUUAUCGAGACUCUUGUGAUGAAUUCAGCCCGGUUUUCCUUCGAUUGAUUAUUUUCUAUUUUAUUUGGUAAAUGGAUUUCUUGUAAAUAACUCAAUAAGCACUGACAAAACACCGCAAAAUAUUUAUUUCAUUGAAUAAUUGGUCAAUGAAUCAUGUUUGAAUUGAUCACAGGAUGACAAGGGAAUGAGAAUGACGCCCCCCCCCACCCUCCCCGUUUUUAAUUUGUACUUUUUAAUUUCGAAUGGAUUUUUACUCAUUCUCAACACUUGACAUGGACACUGGAAUGAAUUAUAUUGUCAUAUUAUUAUUUAUUUUAUUAAAUGUUAUUUUCAUAACCAAAAAAAAAAACAAUUUUACUUUUUACAUUACCAAUAAAAAAAUGUCCAAUUGGAAAAUUGAUUACAGUAAGUUCUAAAAUAUUAAAUGGAUGAAAUAAGUACAAUUAAAGAAUGAUUAAAAAUAGAAAGAAUGUAUUUAUUCUGAAAAUGAUUUGACACACACAUUUCAGCAUUUUUAUUCAUUAAAUAAUGGUUCGUGAAUUAUAAAAAGUAUUCUUUUGUCAACACUUUGAAAAAAAACAAGGAAUUCCGAUUCACUCAAUUUAAAAAAAAAUGAGUAAUGAAUUAUUUAAGUCGAUCUUCAAUUAAAGCCCUACAAAAAAUAUAUAUAAUUGUAAAAAUUUAAAACAUCAAAUCCAAACCACAAACGUGAAAUAAAUAACGUUUGACUUUUUAUUAAUUCUAGUGCAUAUUAUAAAAUGAACAAUUUUACGUCUUUUUUUACCUACACAAAAACUAGACACUAGACGGAUGGACGGAUGGGGCGAAGGGUCAACAAAAAUGUAUCCGUUUUCUUGUGCAGCUCCAGUUUAUUCAAACCUUGACGUCAAAACAACAAAACAAAAACUGGCAGUUUUGCGAUACGGUACUGUGAGCAUUUAGCCACCAAAACGUCCAAUAAAGUAAACCUUUUGUUGAGAUGUUUUCAAAAUGAGAUUCAACCUUUUUUUUUUCCCAACAUUUGGUUGAACUUUUUAAUGAGGUGAUUGUGAUUUUGUUCAUUGGUGGGCACCAAAGAGCGAAACGUCGGCAAGAAGCACCACCAAUACGUCCACAGUUUGAGCUGUGCACAAAAGUUGACAUGAUAAAACUAUUAUUUUUGGCGAGAAGACAUACAACAAUAAUUAUUUUUGGCGAGAAGACAUGUACAGUAAACGCCAACCUCUUCGUUUUGGCGGUUCACCAAGUAAAAAUUAUGCCGCCCCGGGCCACCAGAGGGAGCCGUCGUCACGGUAGCGCACAAGUUGGACAAGCAACUGACGCCGAAGCGAAGCUUUGCUUUGUUUUUUUGGCCUUGUUUUUCUUGGGAGGGGACAUUCAAGCUGGUUUCUCACUUGUAAACUGUACAGAUUUGACUCUUUGCUUUUUUUUUUUGGUUGUUUUUUUUUUCUUCUUUCUGGUUGUUAGAAAACGGUCACAACCCUUGUACAUGUUCUUUGGAUUACACAUUAAAAUGUUUUUGCAUGUU